UAACGCAAACUUCUCCUGCUCCCGUUGCCUUCUCAGUCAAAAACUCCAAAUACAACGACCAGUACCACCAUACUCAAAAAAAAAAAAAAAAAAAAAAAAGGAAUACGUGCCAAAGCAGGCAAGUGAAAGCAGAGCCACCCUAUGCGUAGGCGGGGGUGGUGGCGUUGUCGGUGGCUUAUCUAAAAGCUACACUACACACAAUAGGAUGGAAUGGAUGACAUCAUCAUCUUAUUACCCAAUAGCCAUUGAUGGCUAAAGUCAGAAAGUGGACCGUUUUUGUCCCAAGGGCAGGGCAGGGUGAGGGUGUGCGCAGCCCAUUCUGUGGCGCACGUUAGCCCUCCCCCACCCCACAUCUAAGCGGUGGCCUCAUCCUUCUAGAUCUCAAAAUCAGCCGCACGCCCCUCCCACCCCCCCACCCACCCCACCCUUUUACAUCCCCAAUCAAAUUCAAUAUGUCACCAAACCCCACUUUCCCCACCACUUCCUCAGCCCUAACCCUUUCUUAUCUUUUCUCCACCACCAAUAUCCCUCCUUCGCUAACGCUCUCCGCUUCUCUUUUUUCUCCACCCAUAUUUCCUUUCUAUUUCAACUUUCACCAUCGCUGCCCUUAACCUACGCCCUACCCAUGUCCGCCCCUACAGCUGAAUCUCCGUCCCCCCUAGAUUCUACCCUUCCAUCCAAUCCACUACCAGCGCUCCCUGCGCCACCGCAGCCUUCCACCAAUCCACGCCGUCUCCCACCGCCAUGUUGGUCCCACGACGAGACGGUCGCCCUGAUCGAUGCCUACUGCGACAAGUGGUACACGCUCCGUCGUGGUAACCUCAAGGCCAAUCACUGGCAAGAAGUCGCUGAAGCCGUUGCUCGCCGAUGCCCAGCUGCGUCCCCGCCGAAGACCGCCGUGCAGUGCCGCCAUAAGAUGGAGAAGCUCCGCAAGCGUUAUCGCACCGAGAUCCAGAGGGCACGAUCCAUGCCCGUUUCGAGAUUCUCUUCUUCUUGGGUACAUUUUAAGCGUAUGGAUGCCAUGGAAAAAGGCCCACAGGCUAAAGUGGAUUAUAACUCGGAGAGCGAUGGGGAUGAUAAUGAGGACGAAAACGAGGAUGAUGAUGAAAAUCAAGGUUUCUAUAUGGAGAAUCACAGGAAUGUUAGUACUAUUAUGAAUACGAGGAGCAUUCAUAAGCUGUAUCGUAAUGGAAUUGGAGGAAAUACUGGCAGCAAUGUGAGUGGGAGCGGUUCUGGCGCUAGUGUUGCUGGUGGUUUUAGAAUUAGAAUACCCACCGGAGUUAGUAUAGCGCAACCAGGACCCAAGUUUUAUCCUAAAGUUGAUCACAAGUAUGGCCUAAACCCUAAUUUGAGUUCUAAUUCUAGUCCUAAACCUAAUUUUGGAGCUGGGUCCGUGUCUGCAUCUGGGUUGGGGAGCAGUAAAGUUUUGAGGGGGUCCGAUGAAACGGGAAAGAAGAGGGAGAGGGAACCAAUGGAGGAGAUGGUGACAGCGAUCAAGGUGCUUGGAGAUGGGUUUGUGAAGAUGGAGCAGAUGAAAAUGGAGAUGGCUAGAGAGAUCGAGACCAUGAGGAUGGAAAUGGAGAUGAAGCGUACUGAGAUGAUUCUAGAGUCACAGCAGCGGAUUGUUGAGGCCUUUGCCAAGGCCUUCUCAGAGAAGAAGAAGAAGCCCAAGAGAAUACCUUCACCGGAGUCUUAGUAUUUGGUUGAUCCUGCAGACUUGGCUGCUGGUGCUGGAGUGAUUCUUUUGGAAAGGCGGCCUGCAUUAGCCACUUGUGAUUAAUGAGUAAUUAGGAAGCUAUGAAAAUUGAUUAGUUGUAGCCUAAAUUUUGGAAGAAUGUAGCUUUAUUUUGUUACAAGCGUGUGUAAAGGGGUUAACUUUAUGCUUUGUAAUUUAAGGCAACAUGAUUGAAGUUGUUCUGAA